AUGGACUUCUUGUCUAGCAUACUGUUGCUGUGUCUGUGCUUUAUCUCCUGGUUCUUAAUCCAAGCCCUCCAUAGAAGAACCAGAAUUAGGCUCCCACCAGGACCAAAGCCACUUCCAUUGAUUGGAAAUCUGUUCGAGCUUGGAGACAGACCUCAUCGAUCUUUGACCAAGCUUUCACAACGCUAUGGCCCCUUAAUCAGUCUGCAGCUAGGGCAAGUAACAACUGUUGUAGCUUCUUCACCAGCCAUGGCCAAAGAAAUCCUCCGAAACCACGACCAGUUGUUUUGCAACAGAACAAUUGCUGACGCGAUGCGAGUUGUGGCAGACAGCUUGCCCUUUAUGCCAGUAUCGCCAACGUGGAGAUAUCACCGGAAACUAUGCACCUCCAAUCUCUUUGCCACAAAAGUUCUUGAUGCCAACCAUGAAAAUAGGAAAGCGAAAGUGCAAGAGCUCAUAGUUAAUGUCAAUGACAGCAUGUUAAAGGGUUUGGCAGUAGAUAUCGGAAAGGCUGCUUUCAGAACUACACUGAAUUUGCUGUCGAGAACUAUUUUCUCACUGGAUUUGGCUGAUGACUCAAGCAGUAGCAGCGAGAUGACUAGAGAGUUUAAGAAUAUCAUUCAUGGUAUGAUGGAUGAGGCUGGGAAACCAAAUUUGGUGGACUAUUUUCCUGUGCUUAGGAAGCUUGAUCCCCAAGGCAGAAGGCGGCGCUUCACAAGUUACUACAAAAAAAUGAUUGGCUGUUUUGAAUCAGUGAUCAACCAAAGGUUGGAAUCUAGAAAAAGGGAUGAUUAUGUAACUAGUAAUGAUAUGUUGGAUACUCUUAUAGGCCUCCGUGAAGAUGAAAUUAGUGAGGAGGAUCUGAAGAAGCCUAAAGUUGUCGAACAUUUGCUCCUGGCUCUCUUUGUUGCGGGCACAGAUACAACUUCAGUCACAUUGGAAUGGGCAAUGGCCGAGCUACUACACGACCCAAAGACCCUUUCUAAAGCUCAAGAAGAGCUUGAUCAAAUGAUUGGAAAAGAAAAACCAAUCGACGAAUCCGAUGUUGCUAAGCUCCCUUACUUACAAGCAAUUAUCAAGGAAACCUUACGUUUGCAUCCAGUUGGUACAUUUCUACUGCCACGAAAAGCUGAAACAGAUGUAGAAAUCGGAGACUACAUUGUUCCGAAGGGUGCACAAGUUCUAGUUAAUGUUUGGGCCAUAGGCAGAGACCCCAGUAUAUGGGACAGUCCAGACUCUUUUAUGCCGGAGAGGUUUUUAGGAUUAGACAGUAAUCAAUUUGAUGUAAUGGGAAAAAACUUUGAGCUCAUUCCUUUUGGUGGUGGGAGGAGAAUAUGUCCAGGUUUGCCAUUGGCAAUGAGGAUGUUGCACUUGAUGUUGGGUUCCCUUAUUAACUGCUUUGAUUGGAAGCUUGAAGUUGGAGUUGUACCUGAGACUAUGAACUUGGAAGACAAGUUUAGUCUCUCUUUACAGAUGGCUCAGCCACUUCGAGCUGUGCCCAUGCCAAGAAGUUCUAAUUAG